AUGGAAACGGAGCACCGGAAACGACUUUGGAUGGUAAAAUGGCAAGUGUUGCCUUCAUUCUUCUCACUUGUGAGGAUCCUGGUUGGCGGGCAAUUCAACUAUUCGAUUCCCGAAGAACUGGGAAAUGGUUCCUUUGUUGCAAACAUCGCUGCCGAUUUGGGGCUGGACGUGGCGACACUGUCCAGCCUCAGAUUGAGCGCGGUGUCCGGAUCCGGAAAGCAAUAUUUCAGCGUUGACACGGAAACCGGGAUUUUAUCUGUAUAUGGACGACUGGAUAGAGAGGAGCUGUGCGGACCGAUGCACAGCUGUGUUGUACACCUUGAUGCGAUCGCUCAAAACCCUCUGGAAUUGUAUCGCGUUGAAGUGGAGAUUCUGGACGUGAAUGACAAUCCGCCCAUUUUCCCAAAGAGACAGGUCCGGUUGAACAUUCUCGAAUCGGCUUUACCUGGGACUCGCUUUCCGCUCGAGUGGGCUCACGAUCCGGAUGUGGGUCCGAAUACGGUGCACAUCUACCAGCUCAACAAGCACAAGCACUUCGCUCUGGAUGUACAGACACUGGCGGAUGGGAAUGUUUUCCCGGAAUUAUUGCUGGAGAAGCCUCUAGAUCGGGAGAGGGUUCAUGUCCAUCAGUUACUGUUGACUGCCAUUGAUGGUGGGACCCCAGCAAGAUCCGGCACCGUUCAAAUUAUCAUCCAAAUCCUUGACGUUAAUGACAAUGUGCCGGUAUUUGAUCAGUCGGUGUACAAGGUCAGUCUGAGAGAAAACGUCCCAUUGGGUACAAUGGUAACUAAGUUAAAUGCCACCGAUUUGGAUGAAGGUUCAAACGGUGAAGUGGUUUAUUCCUACUCGAGCAGUACAGCAGAUAAAGUUCGCAUGACUUUCAACCUAGACUCCAAAACGGGGGAGAUCAGAGUGAAAGCAAAUCUGGAUUUUGAAGCAGCCCAUUUUUAUGAGCUGUACGUGCAAGCAAAGGAUUUUCCGGGCUCUGGUCCAUCCCAAUGUAAAGUUCUCGUGACCAUCACUGAUGUGAAUGAUAACGCCCCGAAAGUGAUAUUGACCUCAGUGACAACAAUGGUACCAGAAGAUGCACUUCCGGGCGCUACUGUUGGUCUCAUCAGUGUCACCGAUCGUGACUUGGGGGACAAUGGUCAGGUGUGGUGCCAGAUCGCCAAAAACGUUCCUUUCAAACUGUUCUCCACUCUGCAGGGCUAUUACAAAUUGAUGACUGAUGGCCCAUUGGAUCGGGAACUGGUCUCUGAAUAUAACAUCACAAUCACAGCGUGGGACUUGGGCUCCCCUUCUCUCUCCGCCAACAAAACCAUCUUAGUGGAGGUUUCUGACAUCAAUGACAACGCCCCGAGGUUUGAGAAGUCACCUGAAACAGUCUACUUGAUGGAGAACAAUGCGAUUGGCGCUUUGGUCCACUCAAUGAAAGCCAUUGAUCCCGAUUCAAAUCAAAAUGCUCGAUUGACCUAUUCCAUCCUGGACAAUAAUGACUCGAAAGAAUCCCCCAUCUUCAAGUUGGUUUCCAUUAAUUCAGUGACUGGUGACGUUUACGCGCAACAUUCGUUUGACUACGAACACGUGAAAAGUCUUGAAUUCCAUGUUCACGUCCAAGAUGGCGGGUCACCAGCCCUCAGCAGCAACGUGUCCGUGGAUUUAAUUAUCUUGGAUCAGAACGACAAUUCCCCAGUGAUAGUAUCACCUUGGCCAAAUACAGGAUCAACCUUUGUUGAAGAAACGUUGCCAAGGUCGGCUGACCCUGGUUACAUGGUGUCCAAAGUGAGUGCGGUUGACUCGGAUUCCCAUGAAAACGCACGGCUCACCUAUCGCCUGCUUCGGAGAACGGAUGCGACUCUGUUCACCGUGUCUCCCGAGACCGGCGAAAUCUGGACAAUUCGGCGAUUCAAUGCCAAAGAUUCAUCCAAACUGAUGCUGGGCAUUCUGGUGACUGAUCACGGGAAACCUGCCCUCUCUACCACACUGACAAUCUCUGUCACAGUGUUGGACAGUGCUGCAGACACCCUAUCUGGCGCAAGCAGCUCGAUUGGAUAUUUCGAUUUUUCCACUGAUACAAUUUUGAGUUUAAUUAUGUGGCUGGGAUCGAUUUCUCUUGUUCUCCUGCUGGCUAUUAUUGUCCUGGUUUUCACUGUGUGGCGCAACCCUGGCUGUUGUUCCUCUGGUAAAUGUUGUCCUCCCAAAUUGACAUAUUCAAUAUCCGUAACUCAAGCUCAACUCCCUCACCAGUCAACCAAUGGUCACGCAUCAUCCCUUCAGCUCGAUAACUCUGUGGCCAGUCAAACUCCUUAUGACAAGUGUUCGAAUUCGGAUUUAUCCAGUAGUGAUUUUCUUUUCCUCAAGAUGCACAGCCCUGUUGUACCGUGGAUCAAUAUCGAGAACGAUACGUCUGCAGCAUCAGAAAGUGUUCAGCAGUUCAGUACCGAAAAUGCUUUGCCAGCGCCGGAAAUCAAUCAGGUCCUUGCUCAGUGGCCAAUACAAAGUCAGAACAGUAGCCCUCAACAUUUGCAGAAGUUCCAAUAG